AUGUUUGUUGUUAAAGCCUACUAUCCCGACGGAGUCUCCCGUAUACUUGCUACUAGUGGCUCAAACUACAUUGGUCUUGUUGACAACGAGACUGUUCUGAAGUUCCCGCACGACCCGGAGGAGCUAUCCUACCUCGAGCUUGAAGCCAAAAUAUAUGAGCACCUUGGUCGUCAUUCUCGCAUCCUGGGGUUCAAAGGCAGAACUGAGCAUGGUCUGCUCCUAGACUUCGCAAGCAACGGACGCAUCCUACGCUCAGAUGGCAGCAUUUGCGUCAAUAGUGGGGUCCGCGAGAAUGCGAAGUCGCGCAUGCCUGGUAAAGCAGAGGACGAGGCCGAUGUAAUGACAGACAUCUUCGCCAUGGGCUCUACGAUAUACUACAUCAUGCAAGGCCAUGAGCCUUUCCCUGAUCUGGACACGUUUGCGGACGAGACUGUCAUUACGGAACGUUUCGCGUCACACCAAUUCCCGCCUCUCGAUGAUUCGCUCGCUAGCAGGAUUGUCUAUAAAUGCUGGGAGGAUAGGCUAGUAAACUAUGUCUUAUAA